CUCUUUCUUUCUCUCAUUUCUCAAAUCAUCACACAGACACAAACUCAAUUGCGCACUCACUCUACAUCAUCAUGGAUUGGUUCUCAUGGCUCUCCAAAACUGGCCUAGAGCCCUCGCUUGUGUACGAGUAUGGUCUUUGCUUUGCUCACAACGAGCUAGAAGAAGAAGACAUAGUCUACUUCAACCACGAGUUUCUUCAAAGCAUGGGGAUCUCCAUAGCCAAACACAGGCUAGAGAUCCUCAAGCUUGGCAGAAAAGAAAAGGGUAGACUAGCAAGUAGCACUCCCCGGCCCAUGACCAGGCUUAUAGUGGCGAUCAAGAAGACCAAGAGGUGUUUUGCUGAGUUCGUACGGACGUGGACUCGCCGCAGUGAGGAUUCUUCAGCUCUGGCGCUCGUGCCGAGGCCAAGUAAUUACAGGGCGAGGUUUAGAGGAGCCAUGAUGAAGAGGAACAAGAAGCUGGGGGUGACCAAACAAGUACAAGUACAAGGCACUAGGUUGUUGCUUACCAAUGGUACAGCUGGUACUAGUCCUCUGGUUUCCGGGCAGCCUCACGGUGACGGUUUUUCAAGUCCGGUGGUGUACGAUCUUCGAAAGGAGGAGAAGAUGGACGCAGAUGACGAUGGUUACUGGUCUACCGGACUUGAAGAGAUCAGGUGGGAUACUAUGUUCCAAGACUUGAAACCUACCUGAUGAGGUUUUUGUUCUAGUGCUUUGCUCAGUUUGUUCUUGCUUUCUUCACUUUUGUCAUCUGUCUAUGAUGGUAAUUUUAAUGGUGAGAGAUUGGUUUUUGGGUUCUUCCACCAUGGGAGAGUUUUGGCUUUGUUCAUCACAAGGGUUGUUUAGCUUUUCCAGUGUAGGUGGGUCAUUGCAUUCGCCAUUAGGCAAAAGGUUAAAUUCGAGUGUCUAGUCCAGUGAUGACAUUGUCUCCUGCUUUGUUUUUGUAUGUGACUCGUCUUGUAUCUGUGAUUCUAAUUCAAAGCAGUAGAGUUUAGUGUGAUCGUGAAGAUAUAUA